AUGAUUUUUGCUAUUGUGGAAAAUACAGUUAUUUCUUCAACGUUACCGAAUGACACCAAUGCACUGUAUCUCGUUGUAUCCUCUGCAGAUUGCACAGAAAGAAGUUUUUGUACGGAAGCAUGUGGUUGGCAUAAUUACCAGCUUCCGGGUAACCUGAAAUAUUCAUGGGUAGGAAAUCCCGAAUACUUCUGUCCAAGCGCUUGCUCUGCACAAAGUGUUUCACGGGAUGGUAAUCUAGGAGUAGAUGCAAUGGUUAGUGUUAUUGCUUAUGAAGCCACUGAAGCGGUUUCAGAUCCAUCUUUGAAUGCUUGGCUUGACUCUGAUGGUGAGGAAAAGGUUGAUAAAUGUACAUGGACAUUUGGGAACGUAAUGCAAGCAUCCCAUGGUGCAGAUUACAACAUUCUUCUAAACGGACUUAAUUACUUGGUUCAGCAAAAUUGA